AGAGGAUGGCGGACCAGAACAGGCAAAUCAAACUCGCUGCAGCCAAGAAAAAGCUGAAGGAGUUUCAACAGAAGACAACCCCAUCCACAGGAAGUGCUGGACCAAAGAAGAAGAGGAAGGUUAAAGCAGGCGUUCAGCUGGAUGCAGCUGCGGACAGACACUCGCCGGACAAUGUGAGUCAGAUUGAGAAUAUUCUCAAAGUUAUGGUGUCUGAUCUUAGUCUGACUAAUGGAGUGUCUCAGCCUCCAUUUGUCAACAACAGUCAGGAUGAUGUGGAUGCGGUGGACCGGGUCUCGCAGGAGCUGGAGGAGACCAGCGCUGAACCCGUCUCUAACCCUGCUUCUGCUAUUAACUCUGAUAACCCUGGCCUGCAGCAGAAGUACACAGGAGAUGCAAACGGCGAUGAACAUCCUCUGGAAGAUAACAGGCCGCUGUCGUCCACCGAGAGCCUGAGACAGAUUUCCCAGCAGCUCAAUGGACUGCUGUCUGAGUCAACAACAUACAUCAAUGGAGACAGCGGUCCGCCGACGGUCAGCGAGAAGGAACUGGAGACGCGCAACCAGGAGCUGGCAGUGGCUCUGGACUCCAGCGCGCUCACAAACACUCAGCUCUCGUCCAAACUCGAGACACUGACGAAGCAGUCUCAGGAGCUUUCUGAUCAACUACAGAAGGAGCGGAAAGAGUUUGAGCAGAAGUUCACUAAGGAGCAAGGAGCGAUGCGUGAACAGCUACAGGUUCACAUUCAGACCAUCGGCAUCCUAGUGUCUGAGAAAUCGGAGCUACAAACGGCCCUGUCUUACACACAGCAGGCGGCGCGACACAAGACAGGUGUGUGUGAGCUUGAGUGUGAGAGAGAGAGAGAGAGAGUGUGUGUAUGUGUGGGUCACAAUUCAGCCUUUUAUAAAUUCCUCUUCAGUUGUAAUGAAGCAUUAACCUCAUGUUUGCGUGUGUAUGUGUGGUGUUUUUCAGAUCUGAUGGUGGACAUGCUGGGUGUGCUCGCCAGCUACAGUAUCACAGUGAAGGAACUGAAGCUGUUCUUCAGUAAACUGAAAGGAGAACAAGGCCAAUGGCCUCCUCAUGCUGUCAAGCUGCUUUCCGUGCUGAAGUGCAUGGCUCAAAGAAAUGGCCCAGAUUCCUUUUUCAGCUUCCCAGGGAAGAGUGCUGCGUGUGGUCCAGAGUCACAUAUGAGUGUAUGUUAUAUGAAUAUGGUCUGUGUCAGUAAUGUGAGCGAAGAGUCCAGACAGCAGAGCUCAGAGCUGUCCGAGCAUCUCAAGCUGAGAGUAAAUGAGAACAACGGCUUGAAGCAGGAGGUUGAUGAGCUCCGUAAGCAGCUGGAGAUGGCCGACAGCAUGCUGCAGCAGUUCUCCAGUCAGUCAGGUUCUCCGUCUGAGCACCAGCAGGUUCAGCUCCUCCUGGAAGAAAAGCACCAGAUAGAGGCUCAUGCAGCUCAGCUGAUGGAGUCGGUGGCUCAGCUGCAGGUGGAGAGAGAUCAGUACGCUGUACAGAUACAGGAGGAGGGACACGUGUGGAAGGACAAAACAGAACAGCUUCUGUCUCAGGUGCGUCUGAUGUCAGAGGAGCGCGACAGCACUGCUGCUCAGAUUCAGGAGCUGCAGGAGAAGAUCACAGAGCUGGAGAACGCUACAGCUCUGAUGAGUAAAGAGCAGGAGCCGCAGGCCGUGUCACAGGCCUCAGGCCCUUCAGAAAGUGAACUGGCCCUUCAGGAAACCAUCAGCAGCCUUCAGGAGGAGAGAGACGCUCUCAGUCUGCAGUACCAAGCACAGGUGCGAGACAACGAGCAGCUGAGCCGACUGGUGCAGGAACAGGAAGUGAGGCUGGAAGAACUGGAGAGACACGCAGAACGCUCCGCUGAAGAGGCUCAGGAUCGACUCCAGAUUCUGGAGGAUGUCCAGAGCGACAAGGCCACCAUCAGCAGAGCCCUGGCCCAGAACCGAGACCUCAAAGACCAGCUGGCCGAGCUGCAGAACGGCUUCGUCAAGCUGACCAAUGAGAACAUGGAGCUGACCAGCGCUCUGCAGUCCGAGCAGCACAUCAAGAAGGAGGUCGCUCGUAAGAUUGGUCAGCUGCAGGAAGACCUGCACAAUGCCAAAGAACAGCUGCAGGAGAAGUGCGGAGAGCUGGCGUCUGCGCAGGAGCACAGGGAUCAGUGUCUGGCUCACCUGCAGCAGUACAUGGCUGGAUACCAGCAGCUGGUGGCGGAGCGAGAACAUCUGCACCAUCAGUUCCUGCAGCAGGCGCAGCUGAUGGAUCGACUGCAGCACGACGUGGUGCAGGGCAAAGUGCAGCUGGAGCAGAGUCACGUGCAGCUGCAGGAGGCGCAGGAGAAACUGAACCAGCUGGCUAGAGAUAACGAUGAGCUGAAGACGGAGGUGCAGGAGCUGCUAAACAGCUCGGCUCUGAACACCUCACACAGAGACGACGGUGAUGGCUUGGAAAGUUAUUCUCUCCCAGAGAGCUUCCAGAAGUCACACAUCAUCAUCCCAGAAGACUUUGAGAGCAGAGAAGAGAUGGAGGAGUUUAUUCACUCUGCUCUGUCGCGUCUGGAGGAAGAGCGAGAUGAGAUGAGCCGCCGGUUCGAGGAGGAGAGGAGACUUCAUCACGCUGUUCGACAGCAGAUGGCAGCCAUGAGCCACGAGCAGCAGCAGCAUCAUCAUCAUCAUCAUCACAGCACAGGAGGCUCUGACGGGGUCCCGGUGGAGGUGCACAAGGCUCUGCGGCUGGCCAUGGAGAAACUCCAGGAGCGUUUCACGGCGCUCAUGCAGGAGAAGGUGGAUCUGAGGGAGCGACUGGAGGAGCUGGAGCACCACUGCAUUCAGCUGUCAGGAGAAACAGACACCAUCGGUGAAUACAUCGCGCUGUAUCAGAACCAAAGAGCCAUCAUGAAACAAAGACACUAUGAGAAGGAGCAGUACAUCAGCAUGCUGGCCAAAGACAAGGAGGAGAUGAAGGCGAAGCUAGCGGAGCUGCAGGAUCUGGUCAUGCGUCUGGUGGGCGAGCGUAACGAGUGGUACAGCAGGUACAUGAGCGCCGUUGGUAACCCUGACCUCCUGUCCUCCGGAGGAGAACGCCUCCAUCCUGCUGACGGACACACGGAAAGCCCAGCCGUUCUGGAGCUGAGCGCAGCGGAGGAGGCGUCUACAGCGCCUCAGUCCAGCACAGACCCACAGACUCAAUCCCAGAGUCCAGAGAGGCCUGGAUCCGCACCGGACGGCACGGCCCGCCAGAUCAUGCAGCUCCUGCAGGAGAUCCAGAACCCUCAGGCCAGACCCGCUCCCUUCCUGGGAGAAAACCCCUGCAUCCCGUUCUUCUACCGGCCCGACGAACAAGACGAGGUCAAGAUCCUGGUGGUCUGACAGCGUCCGUCUCUGUAGGAAACCCGAAUCUUUCCUGCUUGGCUUCUGGCGAAAAGGACACACGUAUUAAAUGGGUUUUCCCUCUUUGUUUCUCUGGUUUCUACAGCGAAUAAGAGAAAUUUGAUGACUUCUGAAGCUUUCCGGUUACGCUCGGUUUGUCUGUAAACCAGUUAAUCCAUAAGAAUAUCAGUUUUUGCUGCUCUGUGUCUUGUCCCUCUCCCAUUUGUCCUCUUUCACUUUAUCAAACAAGUGCAAUAGACAGGUGACACAUCAGUGAUUCAUAUCAGUAUGAUUCAGAUCGUGAACUCCUUAUGUAAUGAACUCGCACACUAACUAGGGUACAGUAAUGAGUAAUACUGAUAUGAUAAAGCAGGUCUGGACCGAGACGAUGAAGUGUUUUCUGAGAGCAUCAGAUAAUGAAGUGUUUAUGUAGGGCAGAUUACUGAGAAGGAAAUGAAUCGGAAUUAAACAUUUAUUGAUGAAUCAUUCGAUCGGAUUCGAUGCUUUAUGCAUCACAUUGUAGGUUAGAAUCGAGCCGAGAGUGUUCGGUGGACACAAGAAGUUUAAAACCGAGUUGUUUUGCUUUUCUAAUUGGGAUUUAUUGAAAGAUGUAGUUAUAAUUUCUUCCCUAAAAACACACGAGCACCUGUUUUUUGUAGACUGCGUGACGUCGAAGCUUUCGAGAUGUUGGCGAUUGUUUGCGGCUAACUUUAUGACGCUAGUGUCCGUCAGCUGAGAGUUUGGAGUGGCGUGUGUAUGUGGAGUGAAUGAUAGAGCGUUUAUGAGAGCUGGACAUAUACUAGAGAAUAUAUGAAGAUAUAUUGAACGGUGAUUUCAUUCAUAAACAUCCUCCACCAUCAGAUUUGGCAACACUUUCUGUGAAGAUAAAGCUCUUCCUCAUGUCUUGCAAUUGUAUGUUUUUGUAAAUAAAUGUAAUCGCAGCUACACCUUUAAAGAGUGUGAUGCAUUUUGCAUGCAUUAUGCUCUUUAGAAGUGAAUGCAUAUUAAUCUACAGGUACUUACAAAAACAUUCAACCAAUUCUGAAGUAGAAUGCAUUGUGCAUUGCUCUCUAAUGCAUUGUAUUUACACGCAGGCUUCAUAGAAAGUGUUGCCGUAUCUGUAUUCACCUGAAGAAUUGAACUCAUGUAUGUGGUUAUAGCUGGAAGGCGUGUGGAUCGAGUUUACAUCUGAAUAAUGUGUUUCACCCUGCUGCACUUUUGUGAGUGUCGAGCUUCUGCAUCAUUUCUAUCUGCGCUCUCCAUGUAUGAAUAUAUUUUCCAGUGAUUGUUUUGGGCGUGGGCUUUAAUCAGACAUUGAUUGUUUUGCUUGUUCAUGUAACAGACGUGUAAAUAGUGUAACUGUGUAUCAUACUGUAUAUUGACUGGGGGAAGGCUUGCGUUUGCCUGCUGAAGACUCAGUGCGAAGAGAGGACGGGAUGUUUGUGUGGUUUCAUACUGCGGCUGAACUAAAGGAGAAUUCUAUUUAUUUGGGAUAAUUGCACUAAUCUGUUUUACUCUAGACUGAUGGAACACAAUGAAGGAAUAAUGAGUAGUUCGAGUGAUGAUUUUCCUCCUAAAUAAACCUGAUUGAGCAAAAUGAAGCCCA